AUGGUGAGAGAUCUGUUUCAGCUCGAUGGCGGUGACAAAAACCCACCAAUAGUCCCAGAUUAUGGAGUGAAAGUAAUGCUUGAUCGGAAUGUGUAUUUGGUUGACAUUGUCCGAGAACGACUUGGUAGGGUCUUGAAACUUGACUCAAUUGUGGGAGGCAAGCUAUGGAAAGGAAUCGACAUGCUCAUCUUCAAUACAUGGCAUUGGUGGAACCGUAGGGGACCAUCUCAACCAUGGGAUUACAUCCAAAUUGGAACACAGAUUACGAAGGACAUGGAUCGUUUGCUUGCUUUUGAGAUAGCACUUAAAACAUGGGCCGGAUGGGUGGAUUCAAACAUUGAUCCUACCAAGACUAAGCUUUUUUUCCAAGGAAUUUCCCCAUCUCAUUACAAUGGGAGCUUAUGGAAUGAACCAGGUGCAAAGAGCUGUGUCGGGCAAAAGCAACCAGUGUUUGGCUCAACAUAUCCCGGAGGUCUGCCACCAGCUGUUGCGGUGCUCAAGAGUGCAUUGAGCAAGAUUACAAAACUUGCUGGUGGACAAGAGUGCAUUGGCUCAACAUAUCCCGGAGGUCUCACAUUGCUUGAUAUAACAACUCUCUCUCUGCUACGUAAAGAUGGACAUCCUUCCAUCUAUGGACUGGGGGGCCCAACCACAAUGGACUGCAGCCAUUGGUGUCUUGCUGGUGUUCCUGAUACUUGGAACCAGAUUCUUUACAAUCUUAUUUUUUGAAAUCGAUUCAUGGAGAUUAGCACUGAAAAUUCAAUACAUUUUUUCGCAAUAAUAAGAUCUUCGUUGCAAGCUAGUGAAAUGAGUUGAAUGUGACUUAAUGAAUAUAAUUGAGAGCAUAUUAAUGUGUUGUGGACAUAUUCACUAGUCGGUCUUGGUACACCUUUUUUUU